AUGUGGCGCUUAACACCUAAACAGCUUGAAUCGAUCAAAACCACCAACUUCUGCAUCAAAGAGCUUCUGGACCCAAGGAGAAAUCCGAUUGCCGAAGGGGCUGACGGCACAGCCGCCAUCUUUGUUGAUGUGUCAGACACUGCGGCUGGAGAGGCCGGGAGAAGCCAGUGGGGAGCCGGGGACUGCAGUGGCUGCGGCAGUACGGAGACCGGGGACAGGCCUUCUCACAGAGUUGCGUUUUCCGUGAACAUGGAGGGCUGUCUUCCAGAAGAGCCUGGUGGCCGUUCCCAGGAGCUCCCGGCAGGCGGCACGUCGGAGCUCCCGGCAGGCGGCACGUCGGAGCUCCCGGCAGGCGGCACGUCGGAGCUCCCGGCAGGCGGCACGUCGGAGCUCCCGGCAGGCGGCACGUCGGAGCUCCCGGCAGGCGGCACGUCGGAGCUCCCGGCAGGCGGCACGUCGGAGCUCCCGGCAGGCGGCACGUCGGAGCUCCCGGCAGGCGGCACGUCGGAGCUCCCGGCAGGCGGCACGUCGGAGCUCCCGGCAGGCGACGGGGACUGCGAUCUUCAGGAAGAGGCCACCGCUACGGAUUUGCGACCUCAAACUGGUUCCCCUGCAGCGGAAGAUCACGAUGGUGCCGAGGAGUCUCCGCGGAAGGAACCGGCCGAUGAACACACAGACUCCAAAGAGAGCAACGGUUCCCGAAUUCUACAAACCAAGCUUGGGGCCGACGGCGACCCCGGUGCUAAUACAACUUUAGAUACCCCAUUAGAUGUAGCAGCUUCCAGUGUGGCCGGUAGCACCGGGAACGCACCAAACACUAACCUGCCCGCGCCGCUUGUUACGGAACGUUUACCGGAGCUCGAUAAUGACGCGGACGGUAACGGGCGUCAUUCCGACAGGGCCAGUACCAAAGAAGAUCUUUCCGGAUGCCAUCUUCCAUCUCUGCACGAGACCUUGCUGGAGGAGAUAGAAAGUGAACUCUCUUCAACAGAAUCGGAUUAUAAGCCGCCAAAUGGAAUGAAUAAAGAUGGAUUUAAUUUUAAUAUUUUGGGAAAGUGUGUGGAGGAGAAAUGUCUGCAGCAGGAGCACACGAUUAAGAGGUUGAUUGAAGAAAAUAAGAAGCACCAGCAGCUGAUCCUGGAUAUUUGCUCGGAAAAAGAUAGACUAAGGGAAGAGCUGAAAAGGCAAACUGAAGCGGAAAAGGCUCACCUCGGCUCUAUUAGACAGCUGGAAGGAAGGAUCGAGGAGCUCAGUAAAGAGCUGAGAGCUUCGCGGGAGAAACUCGUCGCGCAGGAUACGGCAGCCAAAUCCGCCAUCCAGCAGCUGCACAAGGAGAUGGCCAUCCGCACGGACCAGGCCAACAAAAAAUGCGAGGAGGCGAGGCAGGAGAAAGAAGCCAUGGUGAUGAAAUACGUCCGAGGGGAGAAGGAAUCGCUCGAUCUCCGGAAGGAAAAGGAAACGCUGGAGCGAAAGCUGAGAGAGGCGAACAAGGAGAUCGAGAAAAGCAGCAGCCGGAUCAAACUUCUCACUCAGGAAAAAGGGAGGCUGCACCAGCUGUACGAGAGCAAGGAAUCUGAAACAAGCAGACAGAAUCGAGAAAUCGAAAAACUUAAGGAAGAAGUCAACUCGUACGCCAUCAAAGUGAAGUGGGCUCACAAUAAGCUGAAAACCGAGAUGGAUACGCACAAGGAAACCAAAGACAAACUUCGUGACACGACCGCAAAGCUGAACCAAGCGAAGGAAGAAGCCGAGCAGAUCCGCCGGAACUGUCAGGAAAUGAUUAAAACGUAUCAGGAAUCUGAAGAAAUUAAAUCCAAUGAACUGGACGCAAAGCUCAAGGUAACGAAGGUGGAAUUAGAGAAACAGAUGCAGGAAAAGACCAGCAGCCUGGAGGUGCAUCAAGCGAAAAUGAAAGAACUAGACGAUCUAAGAAGAACAUUUACAGAAGGCAUGGACGAGCUCCGGACGCUUCGCACAAAGGUAAAAUGCCUGGAAGCCGAGAGGCUGAGGACGGAGGAAGAGCUAUCGAAAUACAAGGAACUUAUUAACCGGCAGAAGGCUGAGAUCCAGAACUUGCAGGAAAGGGUUAAACUUGUAGACCAGCAAGAAGAACAGCACCAGAGGGACCGACAAGAGAUAAAAGCCCUGCAGGAGGACGUGGCUGGCCUGGACUCGGUGGUCUCCGACUUACAGAGCGACAUCGAGGGGAGCCGGAGCCGGGAGUCCGAGCUGCUGCUUUUCACCGAGAAGCUCUCCAGCAAGAACGCUCAGCUCCAGUCUGAAUGCAACUCCUUACAGGUGCAGCUGGACAAGCUGACCUACGGCGAGCGGGAGCUACGGCGAGAGGUGGAGCAGCUGAGCCGCGCCAACGCCGAGCUGGAGGAGAGGUUGCAGGCGGAGGGCUCGCUGCGCCAGCAGGAGGUCCAGACGCUCCGGGCUGAGUUAGAAAGCCAGCGGACGCUCGUCGAGUCGCUGAAUACGCAGAUCGUGGAGCUGAAGGACGAGCUGGUGACCCAGAGGCGUAAACAUGCCGUGAACCUGAAGGAUCUCACCAAGCAGCUGCAGCAGGCACGGAAAAAGCUGGAGCAGAUGGAGAAUGGCGGCUACGAGAAAGAAGUGAGCAGCAUGGGAAGCCGAUCCAGCUCUUCAGGGUCUCUCAACGCCCGAAGCAGCAACGAGGAUCGCUCUCCGGAGAACUCCGGGUCAUCCGCGGCCGUGGACAGCUUCCCCGAAGUGGAUAAAGCCAUGCUCAUCGAGAGGAUCGUCCGGCUGCAGAAAGCGCACGCCCGGAAAAAUGAAAAAAUAGAGUUCAUGGAAGAUCACAUUAAGCAACUGGUGGAGGAAAUUAGGAAAAAAACUAAAAUUAUACAGAGUUAUGUUUUGCGGGAGGAGGCUGGCACUCUGGCGACGGAGGCCUCGGAUUUCAACAAAGCCCAUUUAAGCCGUCGGGGAGGAAUAAUGGCCUCGCUGUACACCUCGCACGCGGCGGACAGCGGCCUCACGCUGGAUUUGUCUUUGGAAAUCAAUAGGAAGCUGCAGGCUGUGCUGGAGGACACCCUGCUGAAAAAUAUUACGCUGAAGGAAAAUCUGCAGACUCUGGGCGGUGAGAUCGAGCGCCUCAUCAAGCAGCAGCACCACUAGCCGGAGCGCGGAGCGCAGCCGGACCCCCGACGUCGUCCGCCCGCGGAGCGCGAGGGGCAACCACGGACCUCUAAAAACAAAUAUCGCCUAACGGGAGCACUGGCUCCAUUAUUACGCCUCCGGGUAACCCUUUGACUGCCGCAGAGCUGAGGCACCUGCUGCUCGAAGGGCCGCUGCUGGCCGGACGCCCGACGCGCCUAAAUCUCCUUCUUUGAGGUUUUUUUUCCCCCCAUUCUGAACGCGGAUUUGAAAAUUUCCGGAAAAGAAAUUGCACUAAAAGUGCGGUAAGAAGCACCGGCCGGUACG